AUGUCUGCUCAGUGUUCGACCAUACUAGUGAACUGGAGCACAUUGAGGUAUGGCAUCAUUGAUGCAUCCUUCACCAAAGAUGCAAGCGAUGUUGGUGUUGGUGCUGUGCCAUCGCAGAAGGAUGAACAGAGUAUAUAUCAUCCAGUGGCUUAUUUCUCUAAGAAGUUGACCCCUUCUCAGAGAAAAUAUUCUACUGUACUGAAGGAGCCUCGGCAAGGAGCAAACUAUCCGCACGGUGGAAUUACAGUUCGAACCACCGCCCAGCGGACAGAGAAGAAAUCAGGACGUCAGACGUUAUCGAUUCGGUUAACCCCUUCCAAUCAACCGGAUGAAGGCACCAUUAGUUUUCGCGUUUCUUGUCCUGGUAGGGCAAUAACUGCAUCUCCUACACCAAAAAGUGAACAGGCUCAUCUACAUCUGAAGCUAAAGCAAGGUGAUAGCAGUAGCCCUAGUGUUGCUGUGCUAGCGGAAAGGAUACUAAGCGACAGACGCUCAGGGAACAUCCUGGAGGUCCUUUUGGAGAUCCUGCACCUGCUUGGCAUAACCGAUGCAGAGAUUCUGGAGUUCGUCCUUGAGGUGAUGUGGGUCAUACCAAAAGUGGAAGAGCAACUUACUUUUAUGGAUGAGAUGAAGCUCGAAAACGCUAGUGUGGACUUCAUGUUAACUCUGACUGACCCAAGGGCCCGUAGUUUCAACAAAGAGCUAGGUAACCUCUUGAUCAUGAAAUCUGUGAUUUAUCCGUAUGUCCCUCCAAAUCUACAAGACGUCCUUGAUGAAGCUGAAAAGGUAUUAAUGGUGAUCUGGGAGGUACUUGGUGAAUAGAAAAUCAGCAAUGCAUCCCUCUCCGAAACUAUGUUCACCUUUUCAUAUGAAAGCACAUUUCAAUAAAUGUUGAGUAUUAAAUAUAA